UUCAGGUUCAAGAUGGGUGAUCUUAUAUUGAAUCUGAAGAUCUUUGAACCUGAUUGUGGAGUAGAGGCAACUGAGGAGCACCUCCUGUAUUUGAGAAAGUAUGACAAAGGGCUGACAGUGAAUGCCUGUGCCCAUGCAGUCUUCUUCUGCCAGCUGCUUGAUGCCACCAAGAAGAAACCGAAGAUUCAUGAGAAUGUGCCUCUUUAUGCCCAGGAAUCCAAGGAAGUAAGUCUUCGAAGCCUAAAGAUUGGAAUAAUUGGGGGAGGCCACAUUGGAAAACAGCUGGCCAGAGUGCUCCUAGAACUGGGUGGCUUUCCAGGAAAGAAUAUCCAAAUCUCUACAAGGCGGCCAGAGACUCUGUUAGAAUUUCAGGCACUAGGAGUCAACUGCUUUUACAACAACAGGAAGCUGGUCAGCUGGGCAGAUGUUGUAUUUCUCUGCUGCCUCCCAUCCCACCUCCCAUACAUCUGCUCAGAAAUUCACAAAGAACUCAAUCAAUCUUCUAUCAUAUACAGCCUGGUCACAGCUAUCCCUCUGCCCAGGCUGAAGCAACUCAUUUCCUCCAAUGCUAUCUUGAGGCCACACUAUACCUUCACAGACAGCAGCUCCCUGACUUUGUGGGAUAUGAGUAGGACAGUUGUGGAAGCGCUCAAAGACCCAGCUGUUGUGCAGGCUACGUGUCCCCUUGGCCCUAUGGGGGCAAUUGCUAUGAAGCCCAAGUGGUUGGAGGCUGUUUUCUAUGCUGCUCUAAACAGUUACACAUGCCAGGAUUUAUCCUGUACAAAGGCCCUGGAGUUACUCAAUAAAGUAUGUUUUCCUGAAGAUGUCGCCACCUCCUCUGAGGAACAUAAAUCACCAUCACCACCACAGCCACUGUUUGUUUGUGAAAGCUUUAUCAAUGAGGCCUUUGCUUCCUCCUUGACACCUGAUGAUACAUUCCCUUGGUUUGAUCUGACAACUGUACAGCUAAACGAGUCUCCUCUUAACCAGCUUCUAGCAACAGAUGCAUCUUUACAGGAGAACAUAACUUCAUUUUAUUGUAAUGCCAUUGCUACAUUGGCUGCAGAGUAUGAAGAAAGCAAGGCAAGCAUCUCUAAGAAGAUUCCUCUAUCAGCUGUGCUAUUGCAUCCCACCACAAAUCAGGAAUUAACAGCAUCUGGCACAGAUGGGACUUGUCCAAGUAAUGUAGAGGACGCAUCUAGUAGUGAAUCUGAAGAGAUAAAUUAAUUAUUGUGAGAUUCAAGCUGUUUACAGGUGGAAAGAAUUCCACUGAAUACUAGAAAGAACAGUGGCAAUACUGACUAGUAACCCGUCCUAACUACUUGCAUUGCUAGAAUCUAAAUGGUUAAUUACUUGUUAUGUAGCUAUGUCACUGAAGGAUAUUUUGCCAAUGAAAAAUCAGAUGUAUAGCGGGGGGGGGGGGGGGUGGCAUUUUAAAAAAAAGUCUUGAGGCAAUUAAACAGUAUGUUAUGCCAAAAUAAAGUGAAGCAGAAGGAAUUAUUCAAUAAUUAGUUUUUAAUCUAGCUAAACCUAUAAUCUCCCAUCUGUACUACAGUUUAAAGGUACACAUAAGAUAAAUGAUUUAACUAACAGUACAAUCCUCUCUGGGAAUAAGCCCCAUUGAAUAGACCCAGUGGAAUUCUGAGUAGACCUGUUUAAGCAAUCUUGCAAUAUAAUGAUGGUGAUCAGGUUUCCCAUUUCAGCAUAAGGGAAUAAUAGGAACUGUGCUGUUUGCUGCAUGGAAUUGCAAUAAUAAACUUUCUUGAGAACA